UCUGACUUGUGACGUGUAUGCAAGUGGGAAAACUGGGGAUUCUUUUAAAAUUCAAAGAGAAGCAAUAUCUUAAGAACGUUGUAUAAAAUUAUUAUCAAUAACACGAUUCGAUAAGGCAUUGAUAAAAUGUUGAGAAUAAUAUUUUUUGUGGCGUUUUUGGAGUGUGUUUUAACUCAGCAAUAUCAGCAGAAAGUGGCACCUGGCGUACCGCCACAGAGCUAUCAGCAAUAUCAAGCUCCACCUCCUCCGCCACCGCCUCAGCAACAGCAGCAACCACCUCAGCAGCAACAAUACCAACCGCCCCCACCACAACAACAACAAUACCAGCCUCCACCUCAACAGCAAUAUCAGCAGGUGCCCGUCCAACCCGUCCAAGUACAGCAAGCAGGACAUACCCACCAUGGAGAUCCUCAACUAUUGAACCCUGCUAAUAUUGCACAAGAAAGAGAUCACAUCCAAGAGCACAUGGACGUUCCCAUAGACACGUCGAAGAUGUCCGACCAGGAAUUACAGUUUCACUACUUCAAAAUGCACGACGCGGACAACAACAACAAGUUAGACGGCUGCGAACUGAUAAAAUCUCUCAUACAUUGGCACGAACAAGGACACAAACAGGAGAAUCCGCCCAGCGAGGCUCCGGUUGGCGAGAAGAUCUUCAACGAGGACGAGCUGGUUAAUCUCAUCGAUCCGAUCCUGAACAUGGACGACCACAACAGAGACGGCUACAUAGACUAUCCGGAAUUCGUUAGAGCGCAACAGAAGAGCCAAAAACAGAACUGAGAGGAACGGCGGCGCGUGCAAAGGAGAUUGCGAAACUAUACAGUAUUCGACCGUUAGAUCUUACGACUUCCUGACCGCCAUUUUGUUGAUGUCCGGCAACCAUUCCCCUCGUGACGUCACCGUUGAUGUACAUUGAAGGUUUUAGCGCGUAACGAAACUCGAAAUUGCACUCGGUUACAAAUGAAGGUAGUUUGAAAUAAAUUUAAAUGUAUCGAUGCAAUAGAACAGAUACCUUAGUGGCGUCGCGCAUUGCAUUAAUGCAUUACUCGACCGGCUUAGUGGGUUGUCGAAGCCUAAUUCGUAAUUCCGCAUACAACCUAUGUGCUUAGUGCGAAUUUUUUUUGACGUUCUCGAUAGCGUAAAAGUUAACUCAAAUUUGUAUGCAGUUGAAACAGCGUCUCUAGCGGCAAACGCUCC